AUUUCUUGGCACAUAAACCAGGUUUUGCAAAUUGAUAAGUUAAGAAUCUUGCCAGAAUAAAAUUUAAUAAAACUAUAAACACCUUUUAAAAUAAUAGAAGUUUAAAACUAAAUAAAAAAUUUUUUUAUUAGCCUGUUAACUAGAAGGUCAAUUUCUUGGCACAAAGAACAGAUUUGAAGCAUUCGAAAGUUAUCAUUCACAAGUUUCCAGAAUUUAAAUCUUGCCAGAAAAUCUUGCCAGUUAAAAAGAAAAAGAAAAUAAAAUAAAACUAUAAGAAUCCAUUUUGGUGACGAUGCUGUGUAAUCUCUUCAUUAACGAUAUUCUGUAUCAACUAGAAAGACCAGAUAACACACGUGGUGUAUGCUGUUGACAUUAUCAUCAGCCACGAUCAUAUUAAUGAAUGCAUUCGAAGAAAUGGUUGCUACAUCACGUGCUUUGGGUGCCUGUGUGAUAACUGGUAUAGUUACACUAAUCUUGGGACUUUUAAUUGGACACUACGCCAUCAAACCCUCACCACCUAGGCUAAAGAAACCACCACGAAAACCUUAUGAUGAGCCUGUUGUAGGAUUAUAUUAUCCUUCAGUCGAGGAUGACGUUAUCAAAACUUUUUUGAAUGAUGUGGAUGAAGUUAGGAUAGAAAGUAACCUCAGAGAAUUAUCGAAAAAAGCCCACAUUGCCGCAACGCCCAGGGACGAAGAAUUAGCAGAAUUGAUUCGAAGAAGAUGGAAAGACGAAGGAUUCGAUUAUGUGGAGAAGAAAUAUUACGAUAUUCUUUUAUCAUAUCCCACAAAGGAACACAAUAGAGUCUGUAUUGUAAAUAAGUAUAAUCAGUGCCAAUAUGAAGCAGCUAACAGAGAAGUAGUAGUCGACGAGCAAGACACCUACGCUUACGCUUUUAAUGGUUUCUCUCCACCUGGUGAUGUUACGGCAGAACCCGUUUACGUCAAUUACGGAAGAGUUGAAGAUUUCGAUGAAUUGGAGAAUUUAGGAGUGAAUGUUUCUGGAAAAAUCUGUAUUGCGCGAUAUGGGAAGAUUUUUAGAGGAAAUAAGGUUGAAAAUGCAGAAGAUAGAGGUGCAGUUGGAGUAGUUAUGUUCCUUGAUCCUUCCGAAGUAGCUCUAAAUGGUACGGAUGCAAAAUACGUGUAUCCAAAUUCUUGGUGGAUGCCCGGUGAUGCUAUGCAAAGAGGAUCCGUCUACGUUGGAAGCGGAGAUCCUUUAACUCCUGGUUAUCCUUCCACAGAUUCCGUUUAUCGAUACGACAUAAACGAAACGGUUUUGCCAAAAAUUCCCGCCCAGCCAAUUGGUUAUAACGAUGCCAGACAUAUUAUGAGUUUAAUGGCAGGACCUAUGGCUCCCGCUAACUGGACGGGAGGACUUAACAUCACGUAUCAUUUGGGACCAGGAUUCAACAGUGAAAAUGCCGAAAAAAUGCUCAGGAUCGAGGUGAACAACGAAUUUAAAAGAAUGAAGAGCAGCAACGUGAUAGGAUUAAUAGAAGGCAGCGAAGAACCAGAUCGUUACGUAUUGAUAGGAAAUCAUCGCGACGCUUGGGGGUACGGAGCCGUCGACCCUUCUUCGGGAACGGCGCAGCUUCUGGAGGUUGCCAGAUUGUUUGGCACGCUUCAUCGGAACGGAUGGAAACCCAGAAGAUCCAUCGUAUUUUGUAGCUGGGGUGCGGAGGAAUACGGUCUCAUCGGUUCGACGGAAUGGGUCGAGGAACAUCUACAUGCCUUAAUGGAACAAGCCGUCGGGUACAUAAACACCGACAUUUGUGUUUCAGGUGACGUGUUCUCUCCGGCCGCUUCGCCCGUGCUGGCCGAAAUAUUGAGAAAUGCUACCAAAUUGAUAUCAGAUCCUUCGAAUCCCGAGAAGACCAUGUACGAAGUCUGGAAAGAUCAUGUUAAUAAAACAGACACCAGCUAUAAUCCACCAGUGAAAACUUUAGGUUCCGGAACUGACCACGCUCCAUUUUCAUUUUUUGCUGGCGUACCCGCCAUUGACAUCACUUGGUCGCCUGACAGGAAAAAAUAUCCAAUUUCGGGUUAUCCACCCUAUCACACCGCUUACGAGACGUUCGAAAUGGUGAAAAAUUUCAUCGAUCCACAGUUCUCGAGGCACAAGAAAUGUGCCCAAUUAGGUGGCAUUCUGACUCACAUGAUUGCAGAUUCCACCAUAAUUCCUUAUGAUUUAGAAGAAAUGGCCAAAAAAUUAAAAAGCAUCAUUGAAAAUUUUGAAGUGAGCGGAAUUAGUGAUAAGCUCAAUAAAAUUGGAAUCUCGCUAGAUUUAUUAAAGACGGCACUUGACGAGUUUCAACAGCAGACGGAGAUCUGGCAUAUGAAACUAAGUCAGAUAGAACUGGAGGAUGCAAUUAAAGUGCGUGCAGCCAACGACAGGAUGAUGCAAAUGGAAAGGGUGUUUAUUAAACCAGACGGAAUUCCGCUGAGAUCGGAUUAUAGGAACGUAGCGUUUGCACCCAGUCAGUUUGAUCAAUAUUCCAGCAAUGGAUUUCCUGCCGUGAUGGAUCUCCUGUACGGCUAUGACAAACUGCCGACGGAAGAAAUGGAAGAACGUAAGAAACUAAUAGAACGCCACAUUUCUGACCUGACCGUUAUUGUAAAUAUGGCAUCUUCGUUUCUUAAAACGCAUCCAUUACUUUAGGAAUUUCCAGCUCUGUAAAGAUUUUAUCGUCGUCGUCGUCGUCAUUUGAUAUUUAAAAAUCAAGAAAAUCUUAAUUCACAAAAAAGCCACAUAAGUUGACUUUUUUUAUUUUUCAAAAAUAAUUUUUAAACAAUUUAACAGUAGUUUUAUUACAACAAAAUAGAAAACAAAUUCAAUUACGCUUCACAUGGCCGCCGCUACGGUUUUAUUAUUCAAGAUUUCUAUCCAAUAGCCAUCGGGAUCUUGAAUGAAUGCUAUGUGCUUCAUUUUACCUGAAAGACAUGAGAAAAUAAUGGUAAAUGUCAUGCUUUUUUUACAAGUCAUAAUUUGAUCAUGAUUGUUGAACUUCUUCAAUUUUCUUACAAAGUUUGAUAGCAAAUAUAUAUUUCACACACAAUAUUGGAUCUGUAUCACUUAUGAAAAAUUAGAAGUCUGGUCCCGAACAGUCCAAUAUGGCAAGUGAUAUGUACUGAUGUUAAUUAUGUAAUAGUAGUAAAUUUUUAUGUGAAAAAAU